AAGAAUAAUAAACAAACUGAGGCCUGAAGGGCCUGAAUCCAUAUCAUAAAGAUGAAUCGACCGGAGAAGCUCCUCUUUGUCUUCGAUUUUGAUCACACCAUUGUAGAAAAGAAUACGGAUGUGGAGAUUCAAGUGAUUCCCGAGAAAUCUGGACCUGUGCCUUCCGAUUGGACGCGGGAGGCCCGACAAACUGGAUGGACGGCUUUCAUGGGAAAAGUGUUCGAGUUUCACGCCCAAAACAGCGUCCAAUCCGAGGAUUACCGGACAGUUUUACGGGCCAUGAGUCUUGUGCCUGGCAUGGUGGAAUUAAUUAAGGCUAUAAAAUCCGAUUACCAAGGCCAAGUGGUUAUCAUUUCGGAUUCGAAUUCAUUCUUCAUUCAAGAGAUCUUGGCUCAUCAAGGCCUUGAUCAAUUGGUCGAUCAAGUCUUUACGAAUCAUGCUGAAUUUGACCAGGAAGGUUGUUUGAGAAUCCGACCUUUCCACGAGCAAACCCAUUGUCCUUUCAGCCCUAAAAACAUGUGCAAAGGCGACAUUCUCACCCAAUACCUCGAUGAAAAACGCGCUCAAGGCAUCGAAUUUGAACGAGUGGCCUAUGCUGGAGAUGGCACCAAUGACUUCUCAGCCAUGUUGAAACUGCAAAAAACGGAUUUGGCCUUCCCUCGUCAAGGCGACUUUGCCAUUGGACCUUACAUGGAAAAGGUCAAACAUGAGCGGGGGGUUCAAGUCCAAGCUCAGGUGAUAUUCUGGCAGACCGGAUUAGAUAUCUUGACAUCACUGAAGGAGCGUGUUGUCCUCUGAAAUUCGGAUGUGCAAAUAGUUUAUUGAUCAUAUUAAGAAUCAGCGAAAUAUUAUUUUUGAGUAAAAAAAUCUGACACGCG